GUUCACAGAACGCUCCGAGCCGGGCCGAGCGGGCGCGCGCGCGCGCGCGGACUGUGCAGACGGGGCGCGCGCCGGACGUGGACCGCUCCAAGGGUCCCGCGGGGCAGCGUCUGGAGCCGGUUGAACUAGCUGACUAGCCAGCACCACGAUGGCCGAGGGCAGUGCCGUGUCCGACCCUCAGCAUGCCGCGCGCCUGCUGCGAGCGCUCAGCUCUUUCCGCGAGGAGUCCCGCUUCUGCGACGCACAUCUGGUCCUCGACGGGGAGGAGAUCCCGGUGCAGAAGAACAUCCUGGCAGCGGCCAGUCCGUACAUCAGGACAAAGUUAAACUAUAAUCCUCCAAAAGAUGAUGGAUCAACCUAUAAGAUUGAACUUGAAGGGAUAUCGGUAAUGGUUAUGAGAGAGAUCCUGGAUUACAUCUUCAGUGGGCAGAUCCGGCUAAAUGAAGAUACCAUCCAAGAUGUUGUACAGGCAGCGGACCUGCUCCUGCUGACAGAUCUUAAAACUCUGUGCUGUGAGUUUUUAGAAGGCUGCAUUGCUGCUGAGAACUGCAUCGGCAUCCGUGACUUUGCACUUCAUUACUGCCUGCACCACGUCCAUUACCUUGCCACAGAAUACCUAGAGACUCACUUCCGAGAUGUCAGCAGCACAGAAGAAUUCCUAGAACUGAGUCCUCAGAAGCUUAAGGAAGUGAUCUCUCUUGAGAAGUUAAACGUUGGCAAUGAAAGAUAUGUAUUUGAGGCAGUAAUUCGAUGGAUAGCACAUGAUACAGAAAUAAGAAAGGUCCACAUGAAAGAUGUUAUGUCAGCACUAUGGGUUUCAGGGUUAGACUCCAGCUACUUACGGGAACAGAUGCUGAAUGAACCAUUAGUACGAGAAAUUGUCAAAGAGUGCAGCAACAUACCACUGAGCCAGCCACAGCAAGGAGAGGCAAUGCUAGCAAACUUCAAACCCCGGGGCUACUCUGAAUGCAUUGUGACUGUUGGUGGAGAAGAAAGAGUUUCACGGAAACCAACAGCAGCAAUGCGAUGUAUGUGCCCUCUCUAUGACCCUAAUAGGCAGCUUUGGAUUGAACUGGCUCCUUUAAGCAUGCCAAGAAUUAACCACGGAGUUCUCUCAGCAGAAGGAUUUUUGUUUGUAUUUGGAGGCCAAGAUGAAAAUAAGCAGACCCUGAGCUCAGGAGAAAAGUAUGACCCAGAUGCAAAUUCAUGGACUGCAUUGCCACCAAUGAAUGAGGCAAGACAUAACUUUGGAAUCGUGGAAAUAGAUGGAAUGCUGUACAUUUUAGGAGGAGAGGAUGGUGAAAAAGAGCUAAUUUCCAUGGAGCGUUACGACAUUUAUUCUAAAACCUGGACAAAGCAACCUGAUCUAACCAUGGUUAGAAAGAUUGGCUGCUAUGCAGCUAUGAAAAAGAAAAUCUACGCCAUGGGUGGAGGAUCAUAUGGAAAACUGUUUGAAUCUGUGGAAUGUUAUGACCCGAGGACCCAGCAAUGGACUGCUAUAUGUCCACUAAAAGAGAGAAGAUUUGGAGCGGUGGCUUGCGGAGUUGCCAUGGAGCUGUAUGUAUUUGGAGGAGUUAGAAGUCGUGAGGACAUCCAGGGUAAUGAGAUGGUAACUUGCAAGUCUGAAUUCUACCAUGAUGAGUUUAAAAGGUGGAUCUAUCUUAAUGACCAGAAUUUAUGCAUCCCUGCCAGUUCCUCUUUUGUUUAUGGAGCUGUACCGAUAGGAGCCAGUAUUUAUGUUAUCGGAGAUCUUGAUACAGGUACCAAUUACGACUAUGUGCGUGAAUUUAAAAGAAGCACAGGCACCUGGCACCACACUAAACCACUCCUUCCAUCUGACCUUCGCCGCACCGGGUGUGCAGCCUUACGUAUUGCAAAUUGCAAGCUUUUCCGCCUGCAGCUUCAGCAAGGCUUAUUCCGUAUCCGUGUUCAUUCACCUUGAAGAGGAAGCAGAGCAGAAGCAGAGCUUCUGACCAUGUGCACCAUAACAUGGCUUUAUGUGAGGGGAACAGAGAUGGCAGCCGAAACUUGCUCCGUGUGCCGGGCUUUGUAUGGUAACUCUAGUAGUUUUAUAAUGCUUAGAAGCUUGAGCUUCAGCUCUUGUUUGGGAGAACAUGUAACUGUUGAAAAACUACCUGGGAGGAAUCAGUCCUCCAGUUAGAUAUGUCUAUAGACAAAUGGAGGCUAGUAAAUGUCAAAAGGAAGAGAGACGUGGGAAUUGGUAUAAUGUAAAAUAUUGAAGUUAAAAUACUAAGGUGCAUUUUCCCUGAAGGGAACUCAUUUCUGACUGCUAACAUGCACCUGGCUUUGGUAAACAAACAAAAAUUCGUAUAUGCAAAUCAACAUAUCCAAACAUACCAAGACUGCUUUUCUACUGCACUUGGAAGGAAAUAUGCCUAACCAUGCCCAACAAAUUAAGGUUUGUGCCUAAAAUAUUAGAUUGGACUGUAUGCCAGCUAGUCUCCAUUUACUACUAGUACUCUGUGCUGAUAAUCUUUUUAAAACUAUAUUACGAUUAAUUGAAACUAAGAUAAAAUUUCUAUUUGAUGACAUUCUAUCUUAGUAUGUAAAAACUCAAUGAAUAAAUGAGUCAGGUUGCAGCCCUCAUGUGAAUUCAAGGGAAGUUGCUAACUUCUGUGUUAAUGUAGAUUAAGGUACGUCUUGCCAUCAUUUCUGGGGUAGUACUCUUGGAGUUGUGAAGGAUCUCAUGCAGCGCCACUCUUCCUUUUCAGUCAGAACCAUUUUAUAAAUAUGAGGAUAUUAGCGAGUAGGAGAUUUUAUAAAAGAAAGACCUGAGUCAGACAAAUAAAGGUCUGUUGUGACUAAAAACAAAACAAAAACAAACUGUCCAGACAAAAUAUAAAGGGAUCAAAAACUUUUAAAAAUAAUCUGUCUGAAAGCACACAAAGUCUUGUUUACUACUGUUUAGGAUUUGAAAACUUGUCUUAGAAUGCGAACGUGUUAAGAAUCUAGUCUUUGUAGUAGAAUUUUCUCAGUGCUGUUCACUAGUAAGAGUUUUAGACAAAUUACAAGUAAAGUUUGGCCGGUAGAAUAAACUACCUCAACUUAAUUUCAUUCUUUUCAUAGUAGAGCAAAUUAAUCUUUUCCUCCUUUCCUGCCUUUCACUCCCAUGCCAACCCAAUCUACUCCACUUCCUAUUGGGGGAAAAUAAGUCUGUCAUUAGUAGCAUUUAUCUUGUGAGAUAUUUUCCAUUUGAAGUAUACCACCUUAGUGUGAAAUCAGGGACUUCAAAGUGCUUGAUUACUUCAUAAUUUGAAUUUUAUGCAAUAUCAGAUUUCUAAUCAAUUUAGUAUAGAAUUCUUCAUUUUUAAUUGUUUUCUACAGCUUUCUUUCUCUUAGAAUAUGGCUCUGAGAAGCAACGUUUUGUCGUAAUGAUUAAUGUAUAAGUGUAUCCUUUGGUUGUAAAUUUUGAAAACAGGAAUUUCUUCUAGAAACUUCUUCUAUGGAAUGUUUGCAUGCUGUUAACAUGCAUAUGAAAUGUCACUUCUGUUUUCCCACCAUGAACAGAAAAGGGGGUGAGCAGUUUUUUUGUUUGUUCGUUUGUUUACACCCAGUAGAAGUCAACACAGUGCUAGAAAAGUUGCUGAAAGGAGCCUUGCCAUGGGGGUUCUAAAGAAUGUUGUCUGUGGCAUGUUCACUCGCUAUUCUGGCAGAAGAUUUUGGUAAAAGAAGGUAUGAGGUUUUUAUCUUCUCUAUCAGAGGCACUAGGCCAGAUUUGCCCCACAUUCAUGUAACACAAUCAACUUUGAUCUGUAAAUCAAAGCGGGCCUUUUUUCUUUGUAUCUUGUACCAGUCAGCUGUUGUCUGCACACUUUCCCAAAGAUACUUUGGAUAUCUUUUAAUCAAAGCAAGCUAUGUGGCCACCUCAAAGAAAGAAACUUUGGUUUUUGUGGGUUUUUGUUGUUGUUUUUUUUUUUACAAUUAGAUAUUAGUUUUAGAGAAAGCAAGUUGUUGAAAAAGUAAAUUUUCUUUAGUAAAAUAUCUUGUGCAGACAUAGCCUUGGUAUUCAGAAGCUGCAGUUGGGGUACAUUAAAGUAGCAACUAAUUUCUUAUUAAAGCUAUGACAAUCAUCUAUUCUCCUUUUUUUUUUUAAUUUCUGAAGUUGAAAAUUCUUCCCAGUCUACACCAGGCCUUUUCAAGGAGACAGUUCAUUGUUUAGGAAUGAAUGGGUCCCUACUGCAAUAUUAUCAGUGCCUGCAGUACUUGGUCAAUUCAUUUUAUAAAGUAGUGUUUUGUUUUUUUUUUAAUUCAGUUUAUUGACACUGUAGCUGCAGAAAUUAGGAAAUUUUUUUUAAAUAAAUUUGCCACAUAAUAUGGGAUGCAAUAACCAACAAAAGCUGCUAAGUGCCAAACUUAUGUUACUAUAUAUAAAUUAUAAAAAUAUUAUGUUGAAGUAUAGGGAUGUAUUUAAUGUUAUUGUGUCCCAAAAUUAAUUGUGACUUUUUUUGUAAAUUAGUUAUUUCAGUACUUUGAAAUAAAUUUUAACUCAUUUCAUGCAGGUUUGUGUUUUAACAUUCCACUAAUGCCUUGAAACAUCUUUUCUUGAUAAAUUUUUGAUACUUCUUUUUCCAUAAGGCACUUUUACCAGGUGUAUGUUGGAAUUGGUGGCUGAGGAUAGAUCUUAACAUUUUUAAUAUAACAUCUUUGGGGGAAGUGCAAUUUAUUUUCAUUAUUCCACCACAGGAAGGAAAGUUGUCUCAGGUUAGAGUAAGUGAAUAGUUAAAGGAUCUCUCCUAUGCUACAGUCUAAAGUCGGUUUGUUUGCUUGUUUUUGUUUAACACAUCCAAAUGUAGAUUUUUCAAAGAUUUAAGUAUUUAAAAUGAAGUUUUUUAUUUUUUUGUGAUAAUGUUAAAGUGAGGGAAAAGUGUGAUUGAAAUGUGUGUGUGUGUGUGUGUGUGUGUGUGUGUUUGCGCGUGUGCGAUGUGACUUGGUAAGUCUGUAUAUGUUUACUUUUUGAAUUGUAGUUCCAAACUACAUAUAUUACUGUCUCCUGGUGCUUCAGAUAAAUUCUUGAGCCUGUGGCCCUUCAGUUUAUACUACUGUGUUAAACUCAUGUUGAGUUUAAAUAUUUAAUAUAUUUGUAGUUUGUAGUUAAGUUUUACUUGGUGUUUGCAUUUCUUUGCUUUAGUGGGAUUAUUACCAACCAGUGGUUGGUAUGCUAUAAAGAUUUGGCCUGAGAAAUUUCUAAACUUAUUGUUUAUUUCAUUAAUUCAUUAUUUUGCUGUGAGGAGUUGAUAACUAACAGUAGGCUUUUUUCGAACUGUAACAACCAAAAAAGAACAUUUGGGGGAUGUUGGACAGCACGUAGUUUGUUAUAUUGCACUACCACUUUAAUGCUGGCACUUUCUUCAGUGGUGCUUUAGAAGUGCCUUUUUUUUAUCAUUUGUAAGUAGAGGAGAGGUUCCCUAGGCAGUGUACAGGAAAUAACAUUCUUUAUAUUGACAUGGUAAAGAUAAGGCUGUCUUUGCUAUGGCACCUCAGUUACUCAUGGCAGUACGUGAGGUUUUUAGAGAAAUAUGUUAGCUGCCUUGGUCCAUUGGGGUUUGAUUUGGUGCGUUCCUACUUCAGCGUACCAAACCAGGGAUCCCAAAAAGUUUUCCAAGGAGUGCUAGAAACACUGCAGUAUUAGAAUGUUAGCUUUCUUCAUUCAAGAGGAGGCCUCCUGUAGUCAGAUGAAGAAAACAUUUGAUUAUCUGGGGGAAAGAAUGAGGUGGCACUUUCAUUGCAUCGAGUUAAAAAGUUCUGGGACCCCCUCAAAAAGCACCAGUGGAAGGGAAGGGGGAGGCUGCUCUCAUUCAGUGGCUGCCCCUUGAGCCUGUGAGCCUUGGGGAGCCGGUGCAAGGAGACUCUGGUACAGAAAAGCCUGCCCUGGGUUUAAUCAACAAACGUUUAUUGAGUGCCUACUAAGAAUUCUGCUUAGAUCUCUGGGGAGCUUAACAGUGAGGCAGAUGUAAUACUGUCCUCCUUCUAGAUUGUAAACUCCUUGUGGGCAGAGUUCCUACCUUAGUCAUCUGCUAAUCCCAGUGUCUAGCACACAGUAGACAGUCAGUAAAUGUUUGAUGAGUGAAUAUGGUAUGCUUGUGAUCAAAGUGAUGUUCUUCACAGCACUGAAAAGUACUCUCUGAGAGUGACUUAUCUUGCUGGAUUUUGAAGAGAAACUUUGUACACAGAUGAGCUGGCCUCAUAAUAAAGAGUGGGAAACUAGCACAGAAUUUAAAAUGCAAAGUGCCUGACAUAUGUGACAUAGAACUCUGUGGUCUCCAUAUGUUCUAUAGGAUUUUUAAGACCCUGUGCUCAGCACAUCUACUAACAUUUAUCACAUUUACUUUUGGGUUUUAUUUAUUGCUUUUUAUAUGGGGCUCAAAAUCUUUUCCAGAAUGUUCUCUUUGAUGCUCACAUCUCUGUGAUGGUGCAGUGCUCUCCACUGGACAGAGAGCAGUCUGUGAGGCCCAGUAGAUGCAGCUUCCUUCCCCACUGCAGAUGUGAGUAGAAACCAAAAGCAGAAUCCAGGCCUUUGGAUUAUCGUUUUAACCAUUCAGCCUAUUAGACUAUCAUUUAAUUUUCUAGGCAUACAAGGAUUUUUGUAAUAAUACAAUCAUCAUUUGUGGUACAACUUAAACCCCUAAAUAUAUUUUUUGCAAGUUGCACAGAUAUAAGCUGAAAGAUCUUUGGUUUUCUUUGUCGAUUAAGUAUAGAAAUUUUAGAAUUAAAAAAAAAUCAUAAGAAUAAAAGUAAUAAGUGUUUGUAUGAAAGAGAAACUGUUGUUAUGUUAAAGAGCUAAAGCUUCAUUUAUACUUCCCUUUCUUGCCACAUGUAAUCAGUGAGGGGCAAGAAAUUGUCUUACAAUGUUGAAGAAAGUGUUUUGCUAGCUUUUUAGUAAUCCCUGCAGUUUUCGUUAGAGCUGAUUCAGAAAUCAUAGAAAUUUGUGGUGUAAAGAAGAGGAGUGACCCCUUGCUCAUAGCUGAGGAGAACAUGAACUCAGGUUGAGUUUGUCCUGCCUACUGGCAGUGAAAUCUCAGUAGUAUUCAACUAUAGACAUUUUUUUUUUUUUUUUUUUUUUUGGCAAGCCAGCUGGUAACUUUUUAAAUGUUUUGCAUUUUUUAGAAGUAAGUCUGUUAUUAUUUUAAUUUUAAACAUAUCAACUCUGUCUCAUUGAAAAGUUUCAUUUUUGUUAAAUCUGAGGAGCUCAGUUAUGACUGUAUUCUUGGUCUGAUACGUACCGUUUAGGGAAGUUUGAUGUUUUUUAAUUCAAUCAUUGAAGUUCUCUAAGUGCUUGGAUUUUUAAACUUCUUCCUUUUCGAACAUCUAAUAACAAACUCUUAAUCAAAUAUCUAAAACAGCAUUGCAUAAUUAUCCAGCGACAAAUGUCUGUUGCCUUCUCUUUUUUAUUUUGGGGCAAAAACUAAUCUUUUUAAAUUGCUUCUCCCCUGAAAUUUGGGCUAAUUAUAAUUUUUGACAUUAAUGUCCUUGCAGCUUAACAAAGUUGUUGUAAAUUCUUAAAUCACUGUGAUGUGAAUUAGAGAAGUUCUGAGUAGGAGGAGGACAGCCCACAGAGUCUGCUACACACUGCAUAAGACGAGCUGGAGGAACACGAGCUGAUUAAUAGGACCUGAAUAAAUGGCCACUUCAGAUAAUUCAGACCCCAAGUUGAUGUAGGUUUAUCUUGCUUUCUGGUUGGUGAAUUAUAUUUAUUAGAACUUCACUUUUAGCAUUUCAUUUCAAAUCAUAGGUUUUUAAGUACUUUAUUCUAUUGCUCUUAUUCAUCAAUUACAAAAAAAGUAUAUCUUAGAACUUUGAGUUAUAUUUUUUUCAAGCUAAACUAGUGAACUUGGUUCAAAUAUGACUAUAUGUAGCUUGCUUUAUAAUAUUUCCUGUUUAAUUGGAUGAGAAUUACAUGCACUUAUUCCCUUGUUCUUUGUGUUUAUAGGAAAAACUCUGUUCUCGACUACCUCAUUAUGUAGUGUUGUGCUUGAUCCCCUGCCAAUUUAGAAGAAUUCAACACAUUCUGUCCUUUAACAAAAGCCUGGAAGCAAGCAGUAAGCGGCCUUGAGGAAUACAAUUCUCUAAGGCGUAUUUUCAAAUUUUUUUUAAUAGGCACUUUUAAUCAGGGGAACAAUAAUUCUCCUAGAGCUGCUGCAAAAUGAUUACUUGAAACUCAACUUGAACUUUAAAGAGUCUUUAAAAGACUAUGUUUUCAUAACGUAGAAAAGUAGUAUAUUUAGACCCCACUGCUAUGUAAAACAGAGAGCUUAAUUUCCAUCCUUGUUAGGAUCAGACAGGAAAUUUUGCUAUGGGCAGUUUGACCCAGUGUUUGUAAUUUAGACGCUUGGGGCUACUAUUUUCAUUUUCUAUAAGGUGCUAUCGUGAGCAGUUUAAGGAUCUAUUUAAGUGUAUUUUCAUGAAUUUAUUUCCCAAGAAUCUUUUGUUUUGAUGAAAAUAUUUGAUGAAUCUAGGCUCAUUACUAGAGUCUACUUCCCUUUUAGUUCUGAUAAUCUGAGAUUUUCAAAUGAAACUCUGAAAGGGUUUCCUAAGUGCAUGGUUGAGGUGGGAACAGCAUAGAAGUGCAUUAUACUUAAAAUCGCAAGUAAUCAGAUUUGUUCUGUGUCAGUGGAAUGUCCCCACCUUUCUCCUGUAUGUGCCUUCUCCAUGUGGCACAUGUGGGCUCUGCCUCCCUAGCAUCUGUCAACUUACCUGGUCGGUAAGUUCAGGGGAGCUGUGAGGCCCAUCGAGUAGACAGACCAUCCCUUCCAGGUGUGAUUUCUUAUAGGAAUUACCCACUAUCCCUAGCAUCCAGAAGAGUUAUGCUCAUUCCUGAGAACAGCAUACUAGGAAUAAUUUAUGUACCAGGUAACACCUAAAAACUUAACCAUCCUUAUGUGUUAAUAAGAUGUCGUUUUUAUCCUUGUGCUUUUUAGAGGGCUUUUUAAAGGGUUCGCUCCUGGCAGUAGAAUGACAGAGAUUCUCCUCAGAUGACAGCAGGACAGUACCAUGUGGAUCUGGCAGCAGGCAGUGAGACAUUUCCUUAAGUGGUUCCCAAGAGAACCAAGGCUUAUUGCUUAAAGCCCCAACCCGUAUUUUAAUUAUUAUGAGGAAAACAUCUGUAAACAUUUGAUGUACUUUCCCGAGCAAACCUAGUGGUUAUAAGCAUGUGUGGGCUUGUGGUACCAGGUGCAUGUGGGUUUUAAAAGACUUCCACCGCUGUCGGCUUUGUGACCUUCAGAAGCCCUUUAACCACGAAGCUCAGUUUCCUACUUGUGGAAGCUGGAUAAUGGAUAUUUGUUUACCUCUUAGGGAGGCCGUAAGGAUUCAGUGAAGUGAUGGUGAGAACUUGGGCUAGCUGGUGCCUUGCACACAAAUAGUGGUGGUGGUUAUAGCCUUAGAGGGCUGUUAAUUGCCACUCGUCUCAGCCUCUAGUCAUUGAUUAUGGCAGCUACUGUCGGGUAGAGGCUGCUCUGCGGUCAAUAUCCCUGGCCUUCAUGCUUUCUUCAGUCUUGUGUCUGCUGCCACACGAUAUACAAGUAAAUGUACAUUUGUGUCAAUAACAUUAUUUACUUUCUGGACCUAUGCCACCACUCUCCUUCUACUUCUCUAAAAUUUAAAUUUAAGGUGAUUCGGAUGGCUGAAACAUCCCAAAACAUGUGUUUAGAAUAGUUAUAAAUAACCCUCAAUUCAGAGUUUGGCUAAUGAAGCCCUCUAAUAGUACUUAACACUGUUUACCAAAGUUGGAAUUUUUUCCCCUAAAAUAUCAAAAGUAGUAAGUAGACUGUACUGGUCAAAUAAACUGGAUAUUUUCUAGAUCUCUGUUUGAGAUCAGUAGAUCUAAACUCUGCUUUCUUAACUUGGAUGCAAUGCGAUGUAAAACUUAAAAACAAGCAAACAAACGAAAUUUGUUACUAGUGCUCGUGUGUGUGCACACGCACGCAAAACUUUUGCACCUUCAAAUAAAGAAGGGUUAUUUAACAAAGUGAUACAAAAAUGAACUACUUGAUGCUUCUAUAAUAUCACUUCCUUUCCGGUUUAGAUUAUGAGACUGGUAGAUUGAUUACUCUGUGAUAUGCCCUGUUUAUCUUUAUUUCAAUAAGACAUUUGAUAGUCAUUCUUGUUAUCUUUGUAAACUAGAAAAGGAAGUAGAAAGAGGGUUGAAAGGGCUGAGAAAUAGAUUGAAGAGCCACACCCAAGAAUAGAUCCUUGUCAACAUGGACUGAGGUAUUCUAACAGUUUUCGAGCUUAACAUUUUUAUUAGUCACUUGUAUAAAAAAAAUCAAAGGCAGAGAAAAGUGCUGGGAGGGAUUAAGUGUUGGGUGUUAGGGUCUGCAGUGCUCUUUACAGUCAAUUAAGAUGACUGAACAUAAAGUCUUCUGUUUAGGUCCAGAAAAGAUGGUUCCUAAUUGAAGAAGAAGAAAAGCGGGAGGGGGAUCAUUGAUAAUUUGAACAUAAACCAACUGUUUUAAAAAAGUCAUAGCACAUGUGUGAGAAGAGGUGUGCUAGCUAGAAAAGUCUGUUCUGCUACUUCCAUCCAUGCAUGUGCUGCAUUGCUAGGCCUCUGGACCACUGCAUUUAGUUGCCAGUUCCAGGCACCACAGUUUGAGAGACCAGAGUAAGUCUGGAGGCUACCCAAAGGAUGACAGCUUGAGUGGCAGGCCUGCUAGAAGCUGUAGCAGGAACCUCUGAAGGCCUGAGGCUCUGGCCUGUGGAGAAGCCUUUAGAAUGAGCAGAUGAGUGAGCUCCAGAGUGCCUGGCUCAGGCCAACAGGCAGAAACUAUAGAGACAGAAUUUUUUGGACAGUUAUAGCACUUUCAAAUAGAAUUACCCUGUGAUAAAAUGAAUGCCUUCUGUGGUCCUGAGCGCUCGUCUCUGAAAGCACUCUCACGGGCGACUCCCUACAGCUGUGACUAGGUCAGUGAGAGCAUUCAUGCAUUGUGGCAGGCUAUUCAUUAUGAUCUCCAGAGCUCCUUGUAGACAAGAGGUUUGUGAACAUUUUAAUAAAAAAGAAAAAAUAAUAAUGUUUGUACUUUAACUUUUACAUUAUUUUUGAGGAGGAGAGUCUUUUCCUUUAUCCUAUACUCUCUCCCAUUCUUUCCUCCCCUCCUUUCCUCUCUCCUGGCCACUAGUUCACGGUCUCUUGAUUGCGGCCAUGGCCAACAGCGACAACCACCUUCAGCAGAACUUUCGGAACUCUAUUUCUAGAGAUUCCCUAAAACCGCAUUGUCACUAGAACAGUGAUUCUUGCUUUUUAUAUACUUAUUGUUUUAAAUCUCUUAGUACCUCUGUAGAUUUAAGGAAGCUUAUAAGUAAAAAUCGUAUCCUAUCCUUUGAGAAGAACUUCUCAAGGACUUGAUUCCUCUCAUGGUUUGUCUGUCCCUCCUCUGUGAAGGCCCACUGGAGCCUACUCCCAGGUAAGGAGGGAGAGGAAGGGCACCGCCACUGCAUGUCUCUUCCUGACCCCACCUGCUUUACGAAAGAUGUGCCCUAAACAGGCAACAAGCGUAAGCUGGGAUGGGCACCCCAGUCCUCAGGAGGGAGCCGUCUGUGUUUCUCUUACUUUUGUGUAUGUGUUUUCUCCCUGUUUCCUAGUCGUCUUUACUUAUUAAUAAUCUUUUGUUUGAACCAGCGUUGUUUUUCCUCCCCGUGUCCUAUCGUGGCCACUCAAAGAUACCGCUACUAGGUGGACUCUGAGAAAACGGGCCCUUCCCACAGCUGGCACUGCUUCCUGUGCCAGUUUAGGGACUUUAGUCAAGGUGGAAGAGGUUAUUUCGGUAAUGUUUUUAAGAGUACUCUUUUUACACACUUUUCUUGGCAGUCGCAUUCCCACCUUGCCCUCUGUUCCUCAUCCCAUACCUCUCCCAGCUUGGUUUUAUAACUGCUUGAAUUAUGUAUUCAAAAAAAAAAAAUUAAAAAAAAAAAGCUUAGUUUCCCAAACCCUUAGCCUAACAAUAUGUGUCGGAAAGGCAUUCUUCUGAGAGUCCCUGACCUGGGCUUCGUGACUAGCACUUUCCACAGCCAGCACGCCCUGGCUGCAAGAGAGCCAGACUCGUGACCCAGGCCCGGGGUAGCUUCCCAGAGUCUGCACUGCUCUGCUCCUCUUAGGUGAGAACCCGGGAGGCCUAGAGCCUCUCCCCAUCUGAGGUAUCGCCAACGACAUAUCUGUGGCUCCUUAAGCGACUGUAGACUAGAAGAGCUUCCUUGGGGCCCAGGUCGGCCUCACCUUCCGCCUACCCCGGAAGCCCUCAGGGCUCCAGAUGCUACACGUACUACCUCAGCGCCAGCCAGCAGGCACUGUGCAGGCAAGUCCUCCGAGUGAGGUGCCCGGAAACUGGCAUAAACAAGCUGUCCUGUGGCCGCUUGCCGGCCUGUGCGGGUGUCCUCAUGUGGGGUCUGUGCUGCACCGUGCUAGCUGGCAUUUGGUAGAGCAGAGUAGGCCGUUGUUUCCUUUUCUGUUCUUUAGCUCUGAUUGAAAAGCACUCCAAACCGUGUAUAGAAUAAGAAAUUAAAAUUGCUUGUUUACAGUAAAAGAGAGACCUUUUCAUAUUUUUUUCUAAAGGAUUUUUGCUUCAGAAGAAAUUCCAGAAAAUAAAUUUGUUAUUAUUAAUCUAACAUAUGCGCAUCGAAUUUAACUCUUUUGCUUUGUAAAAAAUGAUGGAGGCUCUAGUAAAUGGGACAAAGGGGUAUGGUCAGCUUAAGAACAAACCUUCAGUUUCUGUGGGUUUAUAGCAUUGUCUGCCUAUGUGAGACCUCAAAAUGCAAGUUCUACAUGAAAACAGCGAUCACCCAAAAUCCAUGGGGUAGAUAAUUUUAUGGCGAGAAAUGUGUCCAAGUGGUCUCAAGUUGAGAGAAGCACAGGCUAUUUAGCAAAACUUGCUUAGUAACUAGUUGGUGGAUUUUUCUGCCGAUGGGACCAUUUCAUUUUGACUCAUUUGUAACACAGCUUUUGUUCAGUUCCUCACCCUGUACCCUUCCAAGUCACCAGUGACAUAGUGAUACUCAUUUUGUUUUUAAUCUUACCAUUCAUGAAUUGCGACAAUCAAAAAAAUAAGUGUGGCUUCGGUAGAAAUUUCGAACAACCAUUGCAGCCAGUUCUGCAGUAUAUAUUAAUAGAACUCUGCAUGAUCAGCUGAUUUAACAAAAGUACCUCCCUUCUCUACCCAUUCGCUCCCAUCCUCAUCAGAAGCUGUAUUGCAGAAGCACCUCACGCAGGCUCUGGCGGACUAAAUUUUUAUCACUGUGUUCCUGGUGACAAAGAUGUUUGUAUCCAUCUGUAAAUGAGAUCCAUCUAUAACUCAUAAACAUGUAGAUCCGUUUGUUUUCUACCACUGAUGUAGGUCUUCUGCUACGAGAGGAAAUGUCAAGGGAAUUCCUUAAAACAGGGUUGAGAAUUCAUUCUGACUCCCGCACUCAGGGCCGGUCUUCACCGUAGGCCCUGGUGCAGUAGAAUGGCCAGUGUCGCUCCUAUUGGCUGAUGCCUGUGUGGUACCAGGUGCCAGAUAAGUGACAGUCACUCUUUUCAAGAACCAGUUUUUAGCACACUCUUGAUUUGUCAUUUUGUUGCUUUUAAUACCAUAAGGAAAAUUUUAUAAAUAUCAUAUAAAUGCCAAAUUGCCAAAAUACCAUGUCAAAAUUUAUCAUGUUAAACACAAAUCUUUGUUUAAUGAGCCUAUCUAUAUUUUCUGACAUGGUACAUACAAAAUAGUUUUUAAUUUAAAUCCUGCAGCUUUUAUCAUCUAGUAAGAGUCCAAGUUGAGAAGUCUACUUAAGCAUGUAUUCAGAUUAGGUUGUAUUGUGUGUGAUAAAGUAUCCUGAUCUUUAAAGAAAUAUCUACUACUGAAAAACAGGGAUUUGCAAUGAAAAAUGCAAGACAUUAUGAAAGACAUUAUACAGAGAGUUCAAAAUAUUUGAAGUACCAGGAAGUUGCAACUUACAAAAUUGUACUCCCCAAAUUCAGUAGUGUAGUAGAGAAAUUGUGUUAAUGUGAUUACAUUGAAAUGUCAUGUCUCAAAUGUCCUGUGGUCCAAAUGUAUUUGUUCUGUGGAGCAAUUUUCUGUUUCUUUGCCGGUAUGAAAUUUAGCAAAGUCAAAGUAAUUUUGAAUUAGUAACCUUUCUUACAGAGUUGCUUUAUGGUUUACAAGUAAUACUGACACAAAAGGAUAUGUUAACUUUCUUAAAUCAAGUAGCAUGCACUUUGUUUACAUGCUUCAGUUUAUUGUGGGGUGACGGGGCGUCGAUCCCCUUCCGUGAGCACAGGGCUUGUGCUUUGGGAACAUAUUGCAAUUGUGCUGUUCUCUUGUACCAAGGAUCAGUGAAAGUGUUUUUAUCUUUUCUAUGUAGUUUGUAUUGACUGGAUUUUAUAAUUGUAAGAAAACAGACAGAGAGUGUUGUAUUUUGAUCUGAAAUUUGUGUACGGUAAAGUAAUUUUGUGUUAGGUAUUGGAAGUUCAUUUAAAACUUGAAAUAUUUUCUAGAAGGGUACUGAACAAAAUGAAUUGUCUUAAAGCUGUUUAACCUAAUAAAACAAUUUGAUGAGGAA